AUGUCCGAGAAUAGAAAAGAUCGUGCAACAAGGUCUCGUUACUGCAAGAAGCAGGGGUCUUUUGGAAAAAUGUCGUGGUCGGUCAUGGUUACAGUGAUAAGUAUUUUUGCAUCGGGCCAUAGCAUCAACAGGCCUGUGUACAAAAUAGUUCUCACCCAAAAAGGAUUUUCGCAGUUUAUCCAAUACGACAUCGACACACCGCCGAUUCGUGAAUUCACGUUUUGCACUUGGAUACGAUUAUACGAACUCGAAAAUGAGCAGGGCUUGUUCUCUUACGUGGUAAAUGGCAAUCGAGUUAUCAGACUUUGGUUAGACUCUGGAGGACAUUUUAUCAAAGUUUCAAUUAAUGAAAAAACGCCGUCGAUAAUCUCCGUGGAUAUUGCCCGGGAUACUUGGAGGCAUAUUUGUCUGUCCUAUCAAUCCGAUUACGGAGCAUGGGCCCUUUAUUUCGAUGGAAGACUGGUGAAUUGUGAGACAAUGCAAAGUCUAUAUGAUUUUGUGUUACCUGGAGGUGGAAGUGUAAUAAUUGGAUACGGCUCUAGCAACGUGAUACCAAGUGGCUUGGAGGGCGAAGUGUUCGGCGCAAAUAUGCUUUUAAGUUCGACAAUAGAAAGAAAUCACACGUUAAAAAAGGAUCCUUUGUACGAGCAGAAAAGAUUUGUACAAAAUAGGACCGAUCCCAAAGGUAAUAUUGCGGUCGGCGGAAUGAAAACGAAAUCGAAACGCAAACCGGCAAGCGUUCGUCCGAUCGCGAAGUCUCGUGAGCGAUCGGUCGCCACUAUACUCGGUGCAUCCGGCAUGGUGGUGGCCGGGCGGGGUGGCGUGGUGACCACCGACCGACGACCGCUCAGUGCACCCGUUGCCAGUGAACGUGCGCCCGCGUCGACGACGAGACCAACG